UUUCAUGUUUUUUUUUUAAAUGGAAAAAUGAAAAUCAACCAAAAUGAGAACAAAGUUGUUUCUUUUUACAAAACACUUAUCGUGAUAUGUGUUGUUCUCCAGUCUUUACACGCAAAGAAUAAGCGAAUUAGCAACUCAAUCCCUCACAACACAACUGUCGCUAUAAAGUUUUAUGUUUCGCGCCAUAUUUCUGUUCUCUCACUUGCCGCUCGUCGCGCGCUCGUUUCUCCCGCCACGCCCGCCACCGCUAACCGCAGCCCCCCGCGUUCCCACCGCAAUUCCACUAUGGCGUCUACUACACAAAGGAGUGACGCGGUGGCGACGACCUUCCAGUUCGAGCGGUUGUCUGACCGCGCACGUUGCGUUACAACAUGGCGUUCGAAAUUGAUAAAACGCAAAUGUUGAUAGAGACAGUGAAAAAAUAUCCAAUGCUGUAUGAUAAUAUGCACGAGAAUUACAAAGAUAUGGGUACAAAGAAUAAAUUGUGGAAUACUAUAGCGGAAACUAUUCAAGACGGUGAUGGUGACAGCCUAAAGACGAAGUGGAAAAAUUUGCGAGACGCUUACAUCAAACACAUCAGAUGCAAUAAAUCGAACAAAACUAACGCUGGUGCAACGCCGAAGUUCAUCAGGCAUUACAAGGCUUGGCCGUGGGCUAAACAUAUGAGUUUUUUGCGGCCGUAUUUAAAGUAUGUUCAAUUGCGAUCACAUCCUCAAAAGAAAAAACUUGAUGCGAGCGAAUUGCAAAAAUAUCAAGUACAAGAGACGCUCAUUACUGAUGCAGGCUCAUCACAUCAAGAUAAUAUAAAUACAACCGAUUUACCUAUCAUGUACUCUCACCAACAAUUUACUCAUAAUCGACUGUCUGACCCAACAGAAUCGCAAGUAGACAAAGUUUUUGACUUUCUAAGUAAGAGGCAUACCGAUUAUGAUGACAUAGAUCUUAUUUUCUUGGGAUACGCUAAGACUGUGAAAAAAAUGUCAAAGAGUCGACAAGCCACAGUGAAGUUUCAUGUAGCAAAACUUAUCAUGGAAUCAGAACUUGAAGAAUUGGGUGAAACUACGGUCACUACAUUAGAUACAAAACCUUUUCAACAAGAUACAGAAAAUAACGGCUUUUAUUUUGCACAGGUUUAAUUAUUUCGUAUUGAUUUCUCUCCAUAUACAUCAAUACUUUUACAUUAAAUAAUUCAUUCUUCCACAUUUUUGGGACGACAAACCACAAUCGUCGAGAGCGAGUAUGAUUUCAUACUGGGACUUUUUAAGAUACUUAAAGAAAAUUUAUCGAAGUACAAUGUGGAAUAAAUAUAGGUGUCUUCCGCUUAGGUUUAUUCAAAUAAUACCUACUCGUAUAUAAUCCCUUUAGUUAAGUACGUACGCUUUAAGGUACAAGUCCGAACUGAACCGCAGACGAUAGCCCACAGCUGCAGUCUACAGGCGACCCUACAAGUUUCUAAAUUGAUUCCGAGCGUGGCGACAUGCCGCGGCUACACAAUUCACGGUCAGCCGCAGGCGCUACCCGCUGUGUCGCCUGCGGUUGUCGCCUGCAGCCCAUUGGAAUUGUACCUUUAAGCUAAUGAGGAAAAUAAUAAACAGUGUACCUUUAAUUUAUAUUAUUAUAAGUAAAUGUGCAUACAAGAUUAUUAUUUUAACAUUUAAAUAAAAACAUAACAAACAUG